GAAGACCAAAGCAAGAGAAAACCACUAGAUCCAGGAGCCAUGGAGCUUCCCAGCUACAGCAAGCAGCUGCUGCAGCAGCUGUAUACCUGCAAAGAGCAGCAGUUCUGCAAUUCCAUCUUUAUUGGGACUGUCCACUUCAGAGCACACAAGGUUGUCUUAGCUGCUGCCAGCAUGAUUUUUAAAUCUUUGUUGGACAGCACAGAACCCAUUUCCAUCGAUGUUUCUGUGGUGACACCUGAGGAGUGCAAGCUCCCAAUAGGGAAACACAACUUCACCAAAGUCAUCUCUGUGUCAGAUAGCCUGCAGAUGUUUGACGUGGCUGUUAGCUGCAAAACCUUCCUGAGAGACCUCAUCAGCUGUUCAACUCAGGAUCAGGUAGAAGUCUCUGCCCAUACAACAGAGUCAUCUGGAAGCAGUGCUGAAACUGAAAACCUGCCCCAAUCUGAAAAACCUGCUGCUGAAGGAAAAACAGAUGCCCUGCACCCUUCUGGCUCUGGAGAAGCAGAGAUGGAAGCAGAUAUUUCUCCUCCUGAGCAGGUGCAGACUGUGAAUCACACCUGGCUUUGUCAGGAUGUGAUGCUGAGCAGCUUGGGGUCUCUCCAAGAGGAUUCAGGCUCUUGUGCUGCCCAGCCUGCCUGACAGUGUGGUCACUGUGUUGAAGUGGAGCCUGCUGAGCCCCUGAAGAAGAAAGGAAGUGGUUUAGCAGCACAGAGCAAAAGCUGUAAACUGGAUUUCUUUCUUCGAUAUGAAAGUGUUUUCUCAGAGGCCCUUUCUGAUGCCCAAGCCGUGCUGAGAAGACUAGAAGAGUGCAGAGAAAUUGAUGCCUCUCAAAGGGAGGUUGUGCUCACCUGUCUGGCAGAGGUGGGGGAACUGUUCACGAAGCUGUUGGGUGAAGUGAAGGAUGCUCACACUCUGGAUGCUCAGACCCUUGUGUCUUUAUUGAAGCUGUUUCAAGAAGUGAAUCCCAAGCUGAGAGCAGCCUUGCGAGAGCAGGGCAGUGGAGAAGUCCUACAGCAAACAGAGAGCACAGAAGAGGGAGAGAUGCUGACCGCUCGUUUGCUGGGAUGCAAGGAGGAGCUAAUCCAGAGCGUGACACAGCUGAGCCCCAUCGUAGAGUUCUUGGAGGCAGCAGAAGAGGGAUUCCUGACUGCCACGGAGAAGCGGGUAGUUUUGAAUUGCUGUGAGGGCAAAUCCCAGAGGGAAGCCAUGGACAAUCUGUUCAAGAAGGUGGAAGAGGAGAAAACUCUUCUUUCAGCUGAAAGUUUGGUCAAGCUUUUGAGGGCUGUGAAGGCAUCAUUCCCCGGUCUCCAUCUUUUCCUUUACAACGUGGAGGUAAAAGCAAGCAUCUCUGAUAGCAAAGAUUGCCAUUGUUCCCUUCACCACCUGGGAGAGCUUUCUCUUCUUACUUUGCACUCCAAAUGGAGUUUGGAGGAUUAUGGAGCCCAACUGCUGAGACGAUACCAAGAAAGGUUAGUAGAGCACCUCACAGACACCCAGACACUGCUGUGUGGGAUUUCUGCUGCACAGUGCCUAGCUUCUGCUGAUACAGAGGCAAUUGAACAGAUUGUGAAGUGCGAGACCGGCUCAGGUGGCUUCGUCUCUGUGUCUGCAGCGCUGGAGGAGCUCUCUGUUUCUGUGGUCUGGCAGCCGCUGCUGGCUGUGCAAGAGCCCGAGCUGCCACUGAACGUGCUGAUGGAGGAGAUCCAGAAAGAACCGGGCGCAGAGCUUUUUAUCCAAGCAGUUGCCACCAGUGAAAGCUCAGCCAUUGAGAUCAUCCUACAGCACAGCAAGCUCAUCACAGAGGCCAUUAUGCAGAGAGCAAACCUGGAGGCCUUGGCUCCAGGGGAAGCAGGACUCAAAGAGGCAGUGAAAGAGCUGCUGAGUAUUUCUGCUCAAAAGGAAAGCUCAGAGGCCUCCUUGAAAGCAGCUUUGAGUACAGCACAAGAGAAGUCUGUCCCAGCCAUCAAGAUCUGUCAGCUGCUGUGCAGUGUCCAUGAGUCUUUCCCAGACUUGCAGCUGGUGAUGCAGGAUCUAGGGCAUGUGGGGUUCUUGACUGAGGGAAGUGGAGAGAAACCUGGAAUCAGGAAGUGGAAGGUGAACAGUGAAUCCUAAAUGGAAGCUCUGGACAAAGAAGAGGACAAGGCAGCAAGUGCAGCAAUCAAGGAACUGAAGGAACUGCAAAAGAAAGCAUCUUCCAAGAAGAAUUUCAUCUGCAAAGCCUGUGAGAAAAGCUUCCACUUCUACUGCUGUCUGAAGGUGCAUGUGAAACAUUGUCGGGUGGCCAGAGGGAAGCAAAUACAGUGUAAGAAAUGCACUGAAGUCAAAUCAGUACAGAUGGAGCUGCAUCAGCUGGAGGUCUAUGGGGUGGUGGGGAUGGCCAAGAAGAAGAAGUGGUGUCUUCUUGUGAUGUGUGACAUAUGUGGCUGAGAGUUUGCUCAUGCUUCAGGUAGGGUUGGUGAUAGCAGGGGGGAAAGGGGUGUUUGUUCUUGGGCCCUGUGCACACACUGGGGAAACCUGGACGACAUAAAAGCUGACCUAAACCCUUGUUUUAGCUUAAAGCUGUUUCCCCUUAUCCUGUUCCUGCACCCUGAAUCCUGUAUUCUUUAUCCCUGUCCCAACUGCUUCAAAGUCUUCAGUGCCCCAUCCCUCCUGAAGCGCCACAUGGUGACCCAUGUCGGAGGAAAGCCCUUCAGCAGUGACAUCUGCAACAAAGCUUAACCAGUUUGGUCCUUAUCAUUGCAGCACUUGUCAGGGUUAUGGUAUCGCAACUGGACCCAUCACCCUGGUGUCUUUGCAGCUCAGAAUCACCGCUCCUCCAAGUUCUCCUUGUAGUGCAGCUCCUGUGACAAAACCUCCAGCACUGCUGCUCAGGUCAAAGCAGAGCACUCAGAUGUGAUGUUCCAUGACUGUGAGAUGUGCAAGGAGCAGUUUCCCACACUGGCUCUCCUGCAGGUCCAUGUGAAAUGCUGGCACUCAGGGGCCCUGCAGCACCACAUCACCACCGAGCACUUCAAGCAGGCAGAGUGCACCUUCACCUGUGGGCUCUGCAUGGAGCUCUUCACCUCCCAGGGUGAGCUGGAGGGGCACUGCAACACUGAACAUCCCAACGUGGUCUUCACAGAGGCCCAAGCCACCACAGCCCAUAUUGUACAGGUGAUUCAGACGUCAGAGCAAGGAGCAGCAGAACACAUCAUCUCUUUUGAUGAGGCCCAGCUCUCCAGCUCCCAAGUCUUUGUGACGUUGCCUGAAUCCCAAGCGAGCCAAGCUGGCUCAGAGCUGGUGUCUAUGGAGGAUUUGUUUGAUGACAAAGUCGCUCUGAUUUGUGAAGAAACACAGUGAUAGUGAGCAGUGGGUUCCUGGUGUGUGGCGUCUGGUGUACACUGGACUGAUUCCAGAGCCUUACUUAGGUAUGCUGCCCUCACAAGGGACCCUAUAUAUAUAUAUAGGGUAUACGACACAUAGGGUAUACGUAUAUAUAUAUACAUAUAUAUGAUCCUGACAAAAGAAAUGGUGCACAGCAAGGACUGGAUAGGUCUGUAGACAUUCAUAAGGCAAUAGCAGGGCUGUUUCUAUCUGAGAACAGCACACAGGAUAUUGCUUUGUAGAGUGCAUUCAGCUACCUGCUGUAAAGCAGGUGCUGGGUGGAUGCAGCGCAUUCAUUGCAGCACGCUGGCCCCUUUAAGACUAAAAUUUCAUCAAGUCUCCUUUUUUUUUUUUUUUUUUUUUUAAUCUGCAGUUUCCUAAAAUAUAAUCUGAUAAUUAAUGGUUUGCUGAAUCCAUUAUGAAGUGCAAUUAGAUAGAUGCAGGGUUCCUACGGCUCGGAAGGGACCGGUAGCAUUUAUCUUCCUUUCCCUAAUGCCAAAAGGUUGAACUCUGCUGCUGCAAUAUUUACAUACGGAGUGGUGAUCCCUGCCACAGCCCUGCGGUGAGCAGCGCCUGCUUCAUCACACAGCCCAGGAGAUGAACAGCUUGGAGUUUUCCAGGAGGUUUUUGUGACAGCGUGAUAGUUGGUCAUUCCUUUUCCAGCUCGAAGAUUGGAAGCGAACAGCAAGGAGUGUGCUUUGUCCCCAGUGAUAGUGGAAAGGAGGAAGUGUCACUCCCACUGAAAUCAGGAAUGACCAGGAGAUGGUGCUCAAGGUCUUGAGUAGUGCCAGCGGACAGGUGUCUGCUCUGCCGAGAGCCAGCCGUGCUGCACUGUGCUCCAUCAGCUCCUGCCAGGCCCUGCGGUUCACUGCAUAAAGAGCCUGGAGCUGGAGGGGCUAAAACACAGAUGCUGCUGGGGUGAAGCAGUGAGGCUGGUACCCUGCACUCAGGUCGGGCUGGAGUGUGAGAUCACCCUGUCCAAUGGUUCUUCAACCACACCAAUUAAUAAAGGAGAUGGGAGCAUCACCCCUCAGCUUGUUGUGAGAGAUGGAGGCGUCCUCCAAGAGACGGAGCUCGCUCUCCUCCUGGCUGCAGUCAGAUCACAGUGGAUUUGGCCAUACACAGGAGUAGGUCGAGGGAUCCCCGCGGCGCAUGCGAGCUUCCAUUUAUCAACACGACGUUUCCCUUGCAGCGAGGUGGGUUUGUGUUAGCAGUGAGAUCCCUCUGCAGCUCUUCUCUCCCCAGCUAACCCAGAUAAUCCUCUGCUGUCUGCCACAUCUCCAUGGGCCUGUUAAGCACACACAGUACUGCUGUCUUAGCGCACAGCCAGGGUAGGUUGUGAGGUUCUGCAUCCUCUGAGCGUGGGAUGCUGUCAGGGUCUCUCUUUGGUCCAUGUCUAAUCUUUGGUCCCAUGCUCCAGAGAUGACCAUCCUUUGCUGCUCAUGCAAACAUUUCUUGCAACAAACAGUCCCUCCUGGUAGCCCUCCAGCCAUGGGUUCUGUCCAUUCUCGAGCUUUCCUCUUCCACAGACAGAGGCAGUUGAGAUUUGUGAGCAUUAGCUUCAUUAUUCAGCAAUUAAAACGUUCCGGCCUCGUCGCGACGCGGGAGUGCAUUAAUGAUUAAUAGUGGCGUGCUUUGAUUCGAUGGCGCUGGAACCAACUUUGAGAGUGAUGAAUUCUGCUGAAAUCCCAAAUGCAAAUCCCGAAAUAUUGUCCCUUGUUGGUCUGAGCCCAUCCCAACCCUCCUGUAGCCUUUAUGGUCCUGUGUUCCUAUGGCACAGUCAGCCAACGUGGUGGAAUGGGUUGAGGUUACAUGAUCUGAUAUGACCCAUAACCCUGUACCACCCCAUGUGAUCCAUAACCCCACUGCUGCCCCCUGGACACCAUGUGACUCCAUAACUCUGUGAUCCCUGAUCCCAUGUCACCUCUGGCCAUGUCAUGUAACCCUGUAGUUCCAUAUGACCCUAUAACUGUGACCCACAACCCCAUCUGACCCCAUAAACCCAUGCGACCCAUAAUCUUAUGUAACCUCAUAACUCUGUGACCCUGUAUGACCCUCAUGUGAUCCAUAACCUAACCCCAUAUCUUGACCCCAGUGUGGCCAUAUAACCAGUUUUGUUUGGGGUAAAGGUAAUUCCUCCUAGGUAUGGGUCUGCCCUGUAGCACCCCAUAGCUGCCCCAUAGAUGCCAUGAGGUGGGCACCAUGGGGUCUGAGCUGUGGGGCAGGGAGCUAUAAGGGCAGUUAUGAAGCAGUUGCAGAAUACUUUUGGGGCAAGCAUGAUUUGGUUAUGGGGCUGCUGUGGGGCACUAUGUACUCCCAUAGUGGCUGCUGUCACCCCAUAGGCAUCUGGGGCAUGAGCUUCUGGCUUAUGGGGCAGUCAUAAGGACUUAUGGGGCAGUUAUAGGAUGCCUGUAGGAGGAUAUAGGGGUGCUAUAGGGAGGCUAUGGGGUAGACCUGCAUCUAGGAGGGGCUGAUGCUCCCCCCACCUGCAGCUGGUGGUGGAACUACUGCUGACUACAGGCAGUUAUGGGGCUAUUAUAGGGUGCGGGACUCCACAUUUCCCUAUAGGAUCCCCAUAUCCCCCCUCAGUACCCCAUAGCCAUUCUGUAGCCAUCCCACAACCCUGCGGCAGACCACCCAGAGCCCACCCCCCCUAAGUCCUCCAUAGCCCCCAUAUUUUCCCCCCAGGGCCCCUGUGGCUGCCCUGUAGCCCCUCAAGGACCUCCCUGAGACCCAGUAGACACCCUAACACCUCAUAGAGACCUGUAGUCCCUAUAGGGCAUCCAGCUCACAGCAGGGGGGUUGAAGCUGGAUGGUUUUUAAGGUCCCUUCCACCCCAAACACGCAGCCCAUGGCCCAUCUGGUGGAAAGAGCACAGCCGUGGGGAAAGGGGAAUUUCCCAGGGCUGGGGACAAAAGGGGUGGAUGAGGACUGCAGACACCCGCAUUGUGAGUAGGGCUGAGGCACCGGAGGAAAGUGUAUCUUUAAAAAGCGGAUUAUCUGGUUAAACAGAGGGCAGGGGGCUGGGCCAGGAGAUAAUGGGGUGUCUGUGACAGCUUUAUUAGGAAGUGCCUAACGUCGGAGCGAUUUCAUGGCGGGGCUCAGAGUGACGAGUGGCUCCGGGAGCGCUCCGGUGACGCUGUCAGAUGGGCUUAGGGACAACCGACCCUUCUCUUUGCUGCAGGAGACAAAGGGAACAGCAGGGACCCACAGCCCGCCGCCUGCCUUGAGUCCCUGCAAAGGGUGGGAUCUGCUUGUCUUGCCUUUUUUGCAGGUUUAAAUCAUGCCGUGCCUUGCAUUGCCAUCUUCUUUGAGGAUGUAAUGCAUGCAGGGCAUCUAUGGGACCAUAGGGUGGUUGGGUUGGAAUGGGUGUCAAAGACCAUCCCAAUCAGCUCUCCUGGGGCUUAGGGUGGGAUUGACAGCCGCUCUGGUGCCCCAAGCAGCUCCUGUCACCUGCAAGAAGGGGACAAGCCCUUGGGCCAGUGAAGAUAUCUCAUACUUGGCCCCACUCUUUGGCUUCCCCUGGUGCCCUGACCUCUGUCCUUCACCAGCGCUGGGACUCAGACCUAUGACUGUAGGCUCUGAGGUGACGUGCUGCCCUAUUCCUGGCCGCGACCCCGAUCUGACUGGCACUGAUACUUCAUUGCCUUUCCAAAAUGCACUGAGCCACCAAAAAGAGAUCUGAAGCCUCAUGUGUAGGUGUGUGGGGUCAGCACGGAGCUUCUCAUACACAGAUUUCAAUGCAUGAGCCCCAAGUGGGCUGUUUUCCCCCUGCCCACCCCACAGCCCUUCCCUUCCUGCGCCCUCUCUUUCAACUUUUCCCCUCUCUCCUUCCCCCCCUCUGUAACAAAUCGCCGUAAAGAGGGACGAAGGAGAGGCUCCAAUGACAGAUGGAGCUGCUGCUGUCAUCUCUCUUAACUGUCACCGAGAAAAUCACACGGCGGCCACUGAAAUUCAAAUUAGAGUUUCGCUGAAGCUGCUAAAACUCAUCAAAAGAUAUCUUUGAAGUCCACUGGCAGGCCGGUCAUUUCUUUUAAAUUAGUCCCUGUUGAAAAUGAAAUUGCAGGGAGUUGGGGUGUAUUAGCAUACGGGAGUGCGAGAGACGGCACAAUGCCACCUUUCCGGGGAGCAGAGGCAGUUUGCUCCCGCACAAAGACGGCGCUCUGAUUGCAUUAGGAUCAAUGAAAGGGUCAUUUCAAAGCUCCCCAUUAAUGGGGCUGGGUUGAUGCUCGGGGGGAAGGCAGAGCUGUCCCCGUGUCCCCAUGCCCUCCGAGCCAACCUCCAAAGACCAUGUUAACGAGGAGCUGCCUCAUUAGUGGAGCUGGUUUGAUGAUGGUGUCGGGGGUCUCUCUUACCUUGGCCAAGUGUCUGGCUGCAAUGGGGUGGUGGCCAGUGGCCCUGGGAAGCGUUGUAGCAGAGAAUCAUAGAAACAUCAUAGAGUGCUGAGAUGGUUUUUGAGUUGGAACGGGCCCUAAAGGCCAUCUGGUCCAAUGCCCUGCAAUGAAUAAGGACAGCCACAGCUCCGUCAGUGCUCAGACCCCCAUCCAGUCUGACUUUAGAUGCCUGCAGGGACAGGGCACCAACCAAUGGAGGUGAAUGAGCAUCUCCUGUUAGCGAAUAUUUCCCAGCAUGGACAAAACUGGGUUGAUGUCCUGCUCAAGUUCAGCCCAACCCAGGCAUCUGCCCAGGAAUGUUAGCCCUGAGGAUGAGUGCUGUCUUCUUCUCAUCCAUCUCCCUUCUUCCUUCCCUUUCCUUUCCCUUCCCCAUUGCAUGAUGCCAUCCUGCCUUCCCCAAGGGGCUGAGCACAGUGCUUUGCCCCAUGGUCUUGGCUGGCUCCUGGUUCUGGGCUGCAUCUGCCAACCUUGGUUGGGUCCAACACUCAAAUGUUUGAAUGGGGUUGGGACCCUGAAGCAGAACCUGGGCAGCAAACAGAGAGGUUUGGGCACUGCAUCCCUUGCAUCACAUGAGGUUGUGAUGUGGAGUGGAAGGAAGGAAUGGGAAUGUGUGUGCCACAUAUGGAUCCAGAAGACACAGUGGCCAAUGGGCAGCACACCUUGGGAGGUGAAGCUGCUCUGAUUAGACCUGCUUGCUUCUACUGAGAGAAGAUCCCAUGGGUGAGCUCAAAAUGAAGGAGUAAAGGCUCUGGCACCAGCCUCUGUGUGCGGGUGAACCUGUGCCUCACAGGGACAAAUCCUUGGCAGAAAUGGAGUGAUUGCACCAUAAAUGCUAAUGCACAACUAGAAAAUGAAGAUCACUUUAAUGGUACCCAGGAAAGAAGUGAUGCUCUAUGGGAGGAUUGAUGGUUGGUGCUGGGCAGAGAGAGCCAUGCGCUCACCUCUCUGCUGGGGCCUGACAUGCUCUCUGCUGUGGGUCUGCUGUGAUGGAUGGCUUUGCUCCUGGAGCCACACGUCUCCUUAGGCUGAGUUCCUGGAGUGAAGCCUGGCAGCACUGCUGGGGUCUGCCCUCCUGCUCAGCACUGCAUGAGGGAGGGCGCAGGUGAAAAAGUGCACGGGUCUUAUAUUCCUUUUGCAGAGAUAAAUACGCUGCCUGUUAAUGGGAACAAACUGAGUUUGGGAAGGCUGUUUCAGAGCUUGAUGUUGAAGGUGAAGGUGAAUCAUAGGAUCGUAGAAUCAUUGAGGUUGGAAAAGACCACAAAGGUAAGUCCUACCAUCAACCAUCACUCAUGGCCACUGUGCAUACUGGGGCACUGCUUUCCAUCCAGAAGCAGCUGUAGCCAUCCAGAUAGUAGAAAUAGCACCCAAAUACUUCCACCAGUGGUUGGAGGAUCUCCCUACCCACAGUUUGUUCCACAUUGACCAAAUCUAUUAUGCUCAGAUGAGCCCUUCUCCAUUGUGCUGACAGAAUGAAACCAUGGCUCCCACUCUUGACAUCUCCAGGGCUACCUUUCCCAGAUGGGCCAUCAGUGCUCACCUGGAUCCCCAUAUGCACAGUCAUCUUGUUCUUCUCCCCCCUCCUCCAGGUUGUAGGCAGCACUGUGGGGCUGGGAGCAGGGGAAGGUUUGACUCAGCAUCCUGGAUUUAAAUCGUCUUAGUCUGGCUUGUUGCAGAACCCAAACCAACAAAUGCCUUAUGAUAAACCAAAGCCACAGCUGCUGCAGCUACCAACCAGGCUUUGCUCCCAGGAACACCACACCUGCCCCAACUCUUUCCUGGUAUCUCCAUCAGCCUUUCUGAACUCUUUUUCCCCAUGAGUAGUUUUCUGUGGAGGUACAACUUCUCCAAAGCAUCUGUUCUUUUUAUGCACAGACCAUUUGGAUGGGAUAUAAAGUUUUCUAUAAUGAGUGGUGAGGCAGUAGCACUGGUUGCCCAGAAAGGUGGUGGAUCCCCA